UGGGCCGUCUCACUGGGUCAGUUGACAUCAAUUGCUAUAUACUAGCAUGUUAGACAUACAUUAUUAUUUGUUGGCUGUAUGGGUUCGGAAAAUAGCCGCGAAUAUUAGUAUAUAUCACCCGCCACCUUCAAUCCCACUCAAUUACAGUCUGAGAGGAUAAUUAGAAAUUCAAUUAUCAUGCCCGGCAUCGAGAUCGAGGAACCAGGAACCGGCCCGCUCGCCGUGAACGAUGGUGCUCUAAACCCCGAAGAUAUCGUCCAACUCACGCCAUCAUACUCCACAGAGCCCCUCGACAUCCUACGCGCCCGCUAUGAUAAGCAGGGCAUGCUUUUUCUAAAAGGAGUUCUCCCGCGUGAGGAUGUUUUACGCGCCCGCGCCAAAUACUUCGAGAUGAUGUCGCCCACUGGUGUACUCAAGGAAAACACCACCCCCGUACAAGGCAUCUUCAACCCAAAUCAUUCGCCGGACGAUUUCCCUGGCAUUGGGGCCGGUGCUAUCGGGAUGAAUGGCAGACCUGGUGGUGAGAACGCACAGGCAUUUGUCGACUUGGCCAUUCAAGCACACUACCAGGACUGGUAUACACAAGAUCUGUGUAAACACCAGGCGCUGCUGGAUUUCGUUGCCAAAUUCACGGGCUGGCACGAACACACCUUGGGCCUGAAGAGAUCUCUCCUCAGGAACAAUGUGCCGCGCACAAAGCCGAUUGGCGUGCAUUACGAUCAAAUCUUUCUUCGACACGGCGAGCCGACGAGUGUGACGGCCUGGGUGCCGAUGGGUGAUAUCAGUCUGACGGGUGGGGGGUUGAUUUAUCUUGAGGAUGGUGAUGCCGUGGGAAUCGAGAUAGAACAAAACUUUUACUCAAAAGCUCGCGAAUGCGGACUGACGGAAGAGGAGGCCAAAAACGCUUUCAAUAAGAAUAUGAUGUCGACUGGACUGCUUUCAGAAAACCCGGCCGAGUUUGCAAGGCAACACGGUCGGCGUUGGUUGGUAGCGGCAUAUGAGGCCGGCGACGUGGUUUUGCACAAGCCACAUGCUAUCCAUGCUUCUACUAUUAACAACGACCCGAAUAAUGUCAUUCGUCUGGCAACUGACUUGAGAUUUGUGAAUGAAUCUAAACCAUAUGAUGAGAGAUGGACAAGUUAUUAUCGAUUUGGAGAUGGGGUUUGAAGAUAUUCUUAACAUUGGUUAAUCAGGUAACGGCAUCCAGCGUCGCGUCUGGAUACUAUCGAUGAUCAAUCAUACGAUGCAUGCUUUAUUGUCCUUGAUGAAUCCUUUUAGGUCAACUUAUACAAACAAAUAGUUGCUUGUAUUAGAAAGAGCUUUCGUUUCAAAGUUUCGAUGGCCAGUAUGGUUCGAUUGAGAAUGAUUUUUAAUUUUUAUACUCACCAUUGAUGCUGAUAUUAUUCCUUUGCCGGUCUAGCUUCUAUAAAAUUCUACGAUACCUUCAGUACUUUAA